CCAGGAAGGUGGCGUCAGCAUCUGCAGCCGCGUCGACGUUGUAGGAGCCUCCGCGGAGGACCAGGAGAGCCGGGCUAGGAACAGGGCUCUGGGCCUCCAGACACUCGCCAUGGAGAAGCCAGCUGCCUCAACAGAGCCCCAAGGGCCUCGGCCCAUCCUGGGCCGUGACAGUGUCCAGGUGCCGGACGACCAGGACUUCCGCAGCUUCCGGUCAGAGUGUGAGACCGAGGUGGGCUGGAACCUGACCUACAGCAAGGCUGGUGUGUCUGUGUGGGUGCAGGCUGUGGAGAUGGACCGGACACUGCACAAGAUCAAGUGCCGGAUGGAGUGCCGCGAUGUGCCAGCCGAGACACUCUAUGACGUUUUACAUGACAUCGAGUACCGAAAGAAGUGGGACAACAACGUCAUUGAGACUUUCGACAUUGCCCGCUUGACAGUCAAUGCUGAUGUGGGCUAUUACUCUUGGAGGUGUCCAAAGCCCCUGAAGAACCGUGACGUCAUCACCCUCCGUUCCUGGCUCCCCAUGGGUGCUGAUUAUAUCAUUAUGAACUACUCAGUCAAACAUCCUAAAUACCCUCCUCGGAAAGACUUGGUCCGAGCUGUGUCCAUCCAGACGGGCUACCUCAUCCAGAGCACGGGGCCCAAGAGCUGCGUCAUCACCUACCUGGCCCAGGUAGACCCCAAAGGUUCCUUACCCAAGUGGGUGGUGAAUAAAUCUUCUCAGUUCCUGGCUCCCAAGGCCAUGAAGAAGAUGUACAAGGCGUGCGUCAAGUACCCUGAGUGGAAACAGAAGCACCAGCCACACUUCAAGCCCUGGUUACAUCCUGAGCAGAGCCUAUUGCCCAGCCUGGCUCUGUCCGAGCUGUCGGUGCAGCACGCGGACUCGCUGGAGAACAUCGACGAGAGCGCAGUAGCCGAGAGCCGGGAAGAGCGCACUGGUGGUGCUGGAGGCGAGGGCAGUGACGACGACACCUCUCUCACUUGAGCGCAGCACCAUCGCAGGGACCGAGACAGGAUCUGGGAAUCGAUCCCGGGAGUAGUGGAUCCUUCCGCAUCCUCCCCUUCCUCCGCUCUCCGCACUUCCUGGGGGCGUUGGGCUUGGACCCAGGUGGGCGGGACGCCCUGGCCUGGACACAGACAGCCCCAAUAAACGAUCCCACAGCCUC